AUGUAUCCAGGCGAUUCCAAAGGAUCCGUCCAUGGAGGAGGAUUCGGCGAGCGCUCUGUCCCGGGCAACACCGGGACGUUAAGCCCGAGCGUGGUCAACCAACUCAUGAUGGAAUUUCUGAUGUACUUCGGGAGAGCGCUAUUGGUCUUUUAUCCUGUUUAUUUGACAGGGUACCUCGGACUCAGCGUCAUCUGGAUCCUCUUGUGCAUUAUGAUGAUCACUUGGUGGAAGAAAAACCGCAAGUGGAAAGAUAUCCGAAUUGGUACGGCUAUAAACUUUCUGGAUAAUGAAACACAACUGAUCCACAACGAGUUGAAAACCUUGAAUAUGACAACAUGGGUAUGUAUUGGUAUGAUGUUGAUGUAGGCAGAGGUUGUUCCCCAUCUGUGUAAAUAAAGUUUUGUUAGGUGGUACUCUGGUUGACAUAAGAGGAGAUAUACACACACGCUGUCACAUACAAAAUUCGAACAAAAUUAAAUUAGGCCUGCUCUAUCAGUAGGCCUUUUUUUUCCCAACCCCACCCUUUUCUUAAAAUUGUUUAAUAAAAGUAGAUUCUACACUAAUCACAUUUUACAUAAUGAAUGAACUCAUCUAGGUUAUGUCUGUUCAUGUCAUUGGGGGAGUUCAUGUCUGGAAGGUUUUGUGUGACUUAAAGCAAACACACCUAAAUCAAAGCACUCUUAAGAAUAGAGCCUACAUAGGUCUAUUUAAACUUGUGUAUAAUGAGCAUACAAAUUACCAACUAAGACCAGAUGCUCAGCACAAGCCUACUUGGAUGAUCGUUAUAGCUAUAUAGUGUUAUGGUCAAACAUGUGGAAGUGUCAUUUGUCAUCAUCUUCCAGCCACGUUCUGCCUCAAUAAUAGUAAGACCUAACAUUGCAUUCCAUUACUGGGAAAUAACAAAGGUGUGGCUGUAUUGUUUGGGAGUGCAAUAGGCAGUGCAGAAGCUUUAAACCCCCUCUUGUAUUCGUUCUUGCAUUUGAAUCAAGCUGUGGUUUAUUGUCAAAUUGCAGUGAAUGUUGGACCCCUGUGUUUUGCCAAAGGCAGUCUUCAGUGCCAUAUUGACUACUGUGUCCCCAAAUAACUGUAGGCUAUAGAGCAGUGUUCUUAAUUCAUUCCAGUGGACUUAUUAAUAUUUAGAGACAUCAUGGGAAUAUUUUUGGUGAUUGAAGUGUUGACACCAUAGUUGUGUGAUUAUGUUGCAGGAGGUUUCACUCAUCCAUUCCUUACCACACCCAUACCCAUGACUAAUAGGAAACAUUGACAAAGACAAUAAAGUGCCACUGCUGAGGCUGUUGUACAUUUAGAAGAGUAUUUUGUGAACAUGUUGAGGAAAGUUGAAGCAGUAGUUAUCAUUGUUAAAACAAUAUAGUGGAUAUUUUGUAUUUCACAAUGUUCCGGUUUUGUUGUUUUGCUGGUAAAACAUUUUUUAGGGUGUGUGCCCUUCAUCUCCUGCUCUCCCACAAAAGUUUGGAAUUACAAUCCCUUGAUUAGUCACCAGGUCCUGCCUAACCAGUAUUUUUCCUUUCGAUAUCAAAACCCCACACUGUGGUAGAGUAAGACGACACAGUUCUAUAUUCAACCACUCGGACACUAGCCUUGUCCCAGAUCUGUUUGUGCAGUCUUGCCAACUCAUAUUCAUGGUUUGGCAUUACAAUGGCCAUAAGAGUUGGCAAGACGGCACAAACAGAUUUGGGACCAGGCUACUCAGACACAAAAAAAGGCAAUAGAAAGUAACACAUAUAUUAAAACGGGAACGUCACAGUGCCUUCAGAAAUUAUUCACACCUGUUUACUUUUUCCACAUUUUGUUAUGUUAUAGCCUGAAAUAAAAAUGGAUUAAAUUGACAUUUUUUCUGUUGGCCUACAAACAAUACCCUAUAAUGUCAAAGUGGAAGUAUGUAUUUGGAAAUGUUUACAAAUUAAUAAAAAAUGAAAAGCUGAAAUGUCUUGAGUCAAUAAGUAUUCUACCCCUUUGUUACGGCAAGCCUAAAUAAGUUCAGGAGUAAAAAAUUGCUUAACAAAUCACAUAAUAAGUUGCAUGGACUCACUCUGUGUGCAAUAAUAGUGUUUAACAUGAUUUUCUAAUUACUACCUCAUCUACAGUGGGGAGAACAAGUAUUUGAUACACUGCCGAUUUUGCAGGUUUUCCUACUUACAAAGCAUGUAGAGGUCUGUAAUUUUUAUCAUAGGUACAUUUCAACUGUGAGAGACUGAAUCUAAAAUCACAUUGUAUGAUUUUUAAGUAAUUAAUUUGCAUUUUAUUGCAUGACAUAAGUAUUUGAUCACCUACCAACCAUUAAGAAUUCCGGCUCUCACAGACCUGUUCGUUUUUCUUUAAGAAGCCCUUCUGUUCUCCACUCAUUACCUGUAUUAACUGCACCUGUUUGAACUCGUUACCUGUAUAAAAGACACCUGUCCACACACUCAAUCAAACAGACUCCAACCUCUCCACAAUGGCCAAGACCAGAGAGCUGUGUAAGAACAUCAGGGAUAAAAUUGUAGACCUGCACAAGGCUGGGAUGGGCUACAGGACAAUAGGCAAGCAGCUUUGUGAGAAGGCAACAACUGUUGGCGCAAUUAUUAGAAAAUGGAAGAAGUUCAAGAUGACGGUCAAUCACCCUCGGUCUGGGGCUCCAUGCAAGAUCUCACCUCGUGCGGCAUCAAUAAUCAUGAGGAAGGUGAGGGAUCAGCCCAGAACUACACGGCAGGACCUGGUCAAUUACCUGAAGAGAGCUUGGACCACAGUCUCAAAGAAAACAAUUAGUAACACACUACGCCGUCAUGGAUUAAAAUCCUACAGCGCACGCAAGGUCCCCCUGCUCAAGCCAGCGCAUGUCCAGGCUCGUCUGAAGUUUGACAACGACCAUCUGGAUGAUCCAGAGGAGGAAUGGGAGAAGGUCAUGUGGUCUGAUGAGACAAAAAUAGAGCUUUUUGGUCUAAACUCCACUCGCCGUGUUUGGAGGAAGAAGAAGGAUGAGUACAACCCCAAGAACACCAUCCUAACCGUGAAGCAUGGAGGUGGAAACAUCAUUCUUUGGGGAUGCUUUUCUGCAAAGGGGACAGGACGACUGCACCGUAUUGAGAGGAGGAUGGAUGGGGCCAUGUAUCGCGAGAUCUUGGCCAACAACCUCCUUCCCUCAGUAAGAGCAUUGAAGAUGGGUCGUGGCUGGGUCUUCCAGCAUGACAACGACCCGAAACACACAGCCAGCGCAACUAAGGAGUGGCUCCGUAAGAAGCAUCUCAAGGUCCUGGAGUGGUCUAGCCAGUAUCCAGACCUGAACCCAAUAGAAAAUCUUUGGAGGGAGCUGAAAGUCUGUAUUGCCCAGUGACAGCCCCGAAACCUGAAGGAUCUGGAGAAGGUCUGUUUGGAGGAGUGGGCCAAAAUCCCUGCUGCAGUGUGUGCAAACCUGGUCAAGACCUACAGGAAACGUAUGAUCUCUGUAAUUGCAAACAAAGGUUUCUGUACCAAAUAUUAAGUUCUGCUUUUCUGAUGUAUCAAAUACUUAUGUCAUGCAAUAAAAUGCAAAUGAAUUACUUAAAAGUCAUACAAUGUGAUUUUCUGGAUUUUUGUUUUAGAUUCUGUCUCUCACAGUUGAAGUGUACCUAUGAUAAAAAGUACAGACCUCUACAUGCUUUGUAAGUAGGAAAACCUGCAAAUUCGGCAGUGUAUCAAAUACUUGUUCUCCCCACUGUAUGUACCCCAAUGUCGGAGAGGAAGGAAACUAUUUGUAAUGUCCCCCAGUCGAUCAGUGAAUUUCAAACACAGAUUCAACCACAAAGACCAAGGAGGUUUUCCAAUGCCUCGCAAAGAAGGGCACCUAUUGGUAGAUGGAAAAAAAGAAGAGAAAAAAGAAACUUGAGAUUGAAUAUCCCUUUGAGCAUGGUGACGUUAUUACACUUUGGAUGAUGUAUCAAUACACCCAGUCACUACAAAGAUACAAGCGUGUUUCCUAACUCAGUUGCCAGAGAGGAAGGAAACCUCUCAGUGAUUUCACCAUGAGGCCAAUGGUGACUUUAAAUCAGUUACAGAGUUUAAUGGCUGUGAUAGGAGAAAACUGAAGAUGGAUCAACAACAUUGUAGUUACUCCACAAUAAUAACCUAAUUGAAAGAGUGAAAAUAAGGAAGCCUGUACAGAAUACAAAUAUUCCAAAACAUGCAUCCUGUUUGCAACAAGGCACUAAAGUAAUACUGAAGAAAACGUGGCAAAGCAAUUAACUUUUUGUCCUGAAUACAAAGUGUUAUGUUUGGGGCAAAUCCAAUACAACACAUUACUGAGUACCACUCUCCAUACUUUCAGCAGGACAAUAACCUAAAACACAAGGUCAAAUCUACACUGGAGUUGCUUAACAAGAAGACAGAGAAUAUUCCUGAGUGGCUGAGUUACAGUUUUGACUUAAAUCUGCUUGAAAAUGGUUGUCUAGCAAUGAUGAACAACCAAUUUGACAGAGCUUGAAUAAUAUGGAAAUAUUGUUCAAUCCAGGUGUACAAAGCUCUUAGACUCACUUUGUCAUUAUGGGGUAUUGUGUGUAGAUCGGUGAGACAAAACAUAUAAUUAAUCAUUUUUGAAUUCCGGCUUUAACACAACAAAAUGUGGAAUAAGUCAAAGGGUAUUAAUACUUCCUGAAGGCACUGUAUAUGUCAAAUGUGCCUCUGAUUGGUUUCUUUGUCUAAUAUGCCCAUCUCCCUGCAUACAAUGUAGACCUAAUUAAAAGUUCAAAAGUAAGUCUUAUUAAGUGAGGAUGGGUCCUCUUCAUUAUCUGGACUCCUGCCAACUCACAGAACCACAAGGGUGUGUGUCAACCAAACUCUCUUGUAAUGUUGUCUCUUCUUUUCCCAAAGGUACACUUUCCUGAAGUUGAGAAGGUUGACUGGCUCAACAAGGUAAGAUAAUGUAGUUUUUUUCAUUCAUGCUGUGUCUGUUAGGCUGAUAUUAUGGUCACUCUUUGUCUGUUGUGCUGUUGUCACCUCAGCAAUGGAGUUGGCCAGACAGCACAAACAGAUCUGUUUAGUGUAGUCUUGGGGAGGGUCCGUCAUGAACUGCUUUCACAUUGACAUGUUGCCGACAAAGCUUUCAAAACAACAUUGUUUUCAAUGACAUAUCACAUACAGAACCGCUCAAAGUUCUGCUCUACAUUUGUUUAUCCACACAAUGAUCGCAACUAGUUCUCCUGUCGUACUUUGGUCAUAUGUCUAUCUGUAUGUCUUUAGAUCUUGCUGCAGGCAUGGCCGUUCUUUGGCAUGUUCAUGGAGAAGCUCCUCAAAGAGAAGAUCCAGCCAUCCAUCAGAUUGUCCAGCCCAUACCUCAAAACAUUCACUUUCACAAAAGUCCACUUUGGUCAUACAGUGAGAGAGCUUUUGUUGUGUUAGCAUAUCAGGUUUCACCUUGUGGUUCUAGGUUUGUAUCAAUUUCAGUACCCUACGGCCUCAUUUAUCAACCGUGCUUAAUUCCUCACAAAAUGUUGGCGCAUGUGGAGAUUCUAGGUUUUGUAUUCGCAACACAUUAUUGGGAUUUAUCAUACUGUCACUCGUAUGCAACUUGUAUGCAUGUUUUCAUUGAUACAUCCUAUAGCCAUACUAUAUUUCUGCGCACGUGAACGACCGUUAAAACCCCGCUUGGAAAACACCCUAUAUUCACCUUUUUAUAGUGACAAAAACACUCUAAUUUGCUUUAUGAUUUGGAAAUGUUGGAACUCGGCCAUGAUGACAUUUUCUAAAAGAAAGAGUAAUGGCAGAUUUGAUCACAUUUCUGUAGAGGUGUGGGCAGAAUGUGUUAAUCUUUUACAGUGACUUUUUCAAACUAAACAUGCAUGCCUCCUAUAGCGACUGCCAAACACCGGCUGUGCAUUCUGCAAUUUAAAAGUAACUUAAAUGCAACAGCCCACACUUCUAUGCGCAAGACAAACUGUUGUUCAAUAUUUUGUUUAAUGAUAGAUGAUUGUGUUUCUUUCUCCUGCCUUGGUACAGGCUCUGCAUUUAAAUAGGCUAUGAUGUUGUGCUCCUGUAACACAGAAAUACUGUAGCCUACCUAUUGUAAAACAAAAUGUAAUACUACUGGUUUAUUUACUUUCAAGCAUGCAUGAAUGAGGAAUGAAUGAAUGGUAGGGAUGUAAAGAUUCAGUGAAUCGGUCCUGAUUUAAAAUCAGUAUGUGGACCCCAAACCGAUCCAAAUGUAGCAUGCAUCGGUCAGAAAAUGGAUUAAAACGUUAGAAAUCGCAUAUUCACUUUUUUUCUCAUAUUACUUUCUUUCUACCUUCCGAAAAUACCUCAUAUUUUGUGACAACUGAUGCAUCCUCUCCUUCAGUGUCGAACUAAAAGCAUAUAACUGUGUUGACGGUCGUUGAUCUACAAGGCAUUUUGCAUGCCUAACAACUCUAGGGAAUAUCAGUAGCCGAGUCAAAAUGCGCACGGUGCCCAGCUUCGCACAGUGACCAAUGCUAGGUACGCAUCUGCGUUCAAAUGCAAAAAUGGCUUUCGCGAUAUUAGGCUUUAUUAGUUGAGUGACAACCUAUGUAAUUUGCUAGGUUAUUGUUAUCAGUGCGCUGUUGAAAAUUGUGUUUUACCACAAUAAAAGUAAUCUACCGGAAACACAACUCUCAUCUGGCUAUAUACCUGCUGAAUGGGGUUUACAAUAUAUUUUAUUACGGUUGUUCAGGUUCACCAUCAGCUAUAGUUUUAAACAAUCAGUGUAUAUGGUCAUUUUUAGAUAUACAGCGUAAAGUUGAUAAUUUCAUAGCGACUAAUCACUUUUGCGAGGUGCACUGCAUGGCUAAAGCACAAGGAGAAAAGAAGCUCACUAUACUCACAGAUUAUCCAUAAUAUUGACCAGAUACUCAGUAACAAUGAAAAUAAAUGUCUUAAAAAAUGGAAGGCAGUCGGGAGGAGGCAAGAUCAGGUGGGACCAUUCUAGCCAAUGAGAGGGCAGAUACACUUGUGAACAACGGUCUCCACUAGUUACCACAGCCACAAAGUCAAAAUUGGCUACGAUAGAAAUUCAUGAUUAAUUUAAAGUUAGCAGUGUGGUUAAGGCUAGUUUUAAAAUCACAUUUUAAGAAGAUAAAUAGUAGAAAUAGGCUGGGUUUAUGACUUUGUGGCUGUGGUAACUAGUGACGACCAGGCACAACUCCGAUAUAACGUCAGAUUUUGUGCCCAGUUAUCCCUCUCGCUUUGCCUCUUCCUCUCUGCUAAACUUCAAAACCAUUCGAUUUUGGGAUUGGGGUGGAAUCCAAAGUUGUGCUAUAUAUUCAUUGGCUGUGUCAUGGCUAAUUUGUAAGCGAUAAAUAUUAGGGCCCACCCUAAUCUGAUAGUGGUAGUGGGGUGGUAGAUACCUAGUCUCCCUGAUGGCUCAGAUCAGGUGACUACAUAGUAUACACCAUAGACAUACUUACUUUACACAAACACACACACACACACACACAGUACAUACACCAUAGACAUACAGUACAUCAUUCUCACACACACACACACACACACACACACACACACACACACACACACAGACAGAGAGAGAGAGAAGUCAGCUCAGACAGGUCCAGCUCAGAAAGGCCCAGCUCAUGACCUCCAUCAGCAGCAGAUUUAAAUUUAGAAUGGAAAAUGAAUGUGUUUAUGCAACAUGUUAGUGCAUCGUAUUGCACCAAAUCGCAUCGAUUCGUUCGUGCAAUAUCCUUGUUAACGGCAAAUGCAUAUUUUUCAAAUAAUUGUUUGCAUAUUUUUUUUUACCAUUAUAAUGAAUUAUGUGCAUGUCAACAAACACCUCCAUUUCCCCCAAAAAACAAUAUCUGCAUGCAAUGCAAUUCUUCAAAUUCCCAUACUAUAAAACAUGUUAUUUUCGCUACAAUUUAGAACGCAAGUAUGAGUAUUCGAACACAGCCAGCAUAUAUAUUUUGGUGCGUACGCACCUUUGAUAAAUGAGGCCCCUGGUGAUAACAUACAGUGCUAUGAAAAAGUAUUUGCCCCCUUUCUAAUUUUCUCUACUUUUGCAUAUUUGUGAUACUGAAUGUUAUCAGAUCUUCAACCAAAACCUAAUAUUAGAUAAAGGGAACAUAAGUGAACAAAUAACACAACAAUUACAUAUUUAUUUCAUAAACAAAGUUAUGCAACACCCAAUUCCCCUGUGUGAAAAAGUAAUUGCCCCCUUACCCUCAAUAACUGGUUGUGCCACAUUUAGCUGCAAUGACUCCAACCAAAUGCUUCCUGUAGUUGUUGAUCAGUCUCUCACAUCGCUGUGGAGGAAUUUUGGCCCACUCUUCCAUGCAGAACUGCUUUAACUCAGUGACUUGUGGGUUUAACAUUUUAGUCAUUUAGCAGACGCUCUUAUCCAGAGCGACUUACAGGAGCAAUUAGGGUUAAGUGCCUUGCUCAAGGGCACAUCGACAGAUUUUUCACCUAGUCGGCUCGGGGAUUAGAAUCAGCGACCUUUCGGUUACUGGCACAACGCUCUUAACCACUAAGCUACCUGCCGCCCUACCUGCUUGUUUCAAGUCCUGCCACAACAUCUCAAUUGGGAUUAGGUCUGGACUUUGACUAGGCCAUUCCAAAACUUCCAAUUUGUUGCUGUUUAGCUAUUUUCAUGUAGACUUGAUUGUGUUUUGGAUCAUUGUCUUGCUGCAUGACCCAGCUACGCUUCAGCUUCAGCUCACAGACGGAUGGUCUGACAUUCUCCUGUAGAAUUCUCUGAUGCAGAGCAGAAUUCAUGGUUCCUUCUAUUAAGGCAAGUCAUCCAGGUCCUGAGGCAGCAAAGCAUCCCCAAACCAUCACACCACCACCACCAUGCUUGACCUUUGGUAUGAUGUUCUUAAUGUGGAAUGCAGUGUUUGGUUUUCGCCAGGCAUUACUGGAACCAUAUCGUCCAAGUUUUGGAAUGGCCUAGUCAAAGUCCAGACCUAAUCCCAAUUGAGAUGUUGUGGCAGGACUUGAAACAAGAAGUUCAUGCUUGAAAACCCACACGUCAAUGAGUUAAAGCAGUUCUGCAUGGAAGAGUGGCCCAAAAUUCCUCCACAGCGACGUGAGAGACUGAUCAACAACUACAGGAAGCAUUUGGUUGGAGUCAUUGCAGCUAAAGGUGGCACAUCCAGUUAUUGAGUGUAAGGGGGCAAUUACUUUUUCACACAGGGGAAUUGGGUGUUGCAUAACUUUGUUUAUGAAAUAAAUAUGUAAUUGUUGUGUUAUUUGUUCACUUAUGGUCCCUUUAUCUAAUAUUAGGUUUUGGUUGAAGAUCUGAUAACAUUCAGUAUCACAAAUAUGCAAAAGUAGAGAAAAUUAGAAAGGGGGCAAAUACUUUUUCAUAGCACUGUGUAUAUAUAUAUAUAUAUAUAUAUAUAUAUAUAUAUAUAUAUAUACAUAUAUUCUCCUAAUUUCAGCCCCUCCGAAUCACUGGACUUAAAGUGUACACCCAUGAAGUGGACAAGAGGCAGGUGGUUAUGGACCUGCACAUAAGGUAGUAGUAGUAGGUAGUCAACAUCAAAUCAAUAACACAUACUACAGCACAUAAUAAAGACACAAUAGGCCUACAUUGGCUAGUAGUACUGUAGUUAGUAGUACAGCAGAAGUAGUAGUUUUAUUGUCCCAGAAAAUCCAUAACAAGGUAUUGGUCAGUUCUAUGACUCCCUGUAAACUAUUAGGGCCUUGGAUUUAGCCUGGUCCCAGAUAUGUUUGUGCUCUCGACAGUGCUUUUUGCUUCACAGUUACGAUGGGGAUGUGGACAUCGACACAGAGGUGAAGCCGCCCAUCACUGCUGGGGUCAAAAGUAUUCGGGUAGGCAUCAGAUGUUCUUGUGUGGCAUCUAGCUUGGCUCCAUGCCCUUCUGCCACAUAUAACCACCCUAUGCUAGCCUAGGAUGACUUUGGUUCAAAAUGGAACAUAGUUAUCAUGGCAAACAGGUCGUGUCACAUUAUUCCUCCUACAUCAAGCCGUGACUUGAGGUUUGACAUAGUCAGGCAUCAUGGGUAAAACUAUGGGUCCCAUGUGCACGUGUGUUCAAUUUACAUUGUGUGUAAUUAGCUUUUUUGUUUUGCAGUGAAAUUGCCCCUCUUGAGGAAAUUGAGGAGCUGUAUUAAAACUGGUUUUGAUCUUUAAAUUGAUCUAUAUCAGCCCUUUGCUAAUAAAACAGAAUGUUUUAUUUUUCAGCUUCAAGGCAUCUUGCGUGUCAUUCUGGAACCUCUGAUUGGAAAUGCCCCGUUGGUGGGAGGAGUCACUAUGUUCUUCAUUCGUCGGCCGGUGGGUUCUGAAAGAUGGCUCUGUUUGCUAUUUAAACCUAUGACACCCAGAGACUUUUGUUUUGUUUUGCUUUAGCUACCUUCGUUCACCCUCUGUUUAUUACCGUUAUAUAAGUAAAUGUUAUAUGUUUUUUGUUUUCAGGAGGUCCAAGGCUAGUUGCAUAGGCUAUUACUUUUUAAACCCUACCAGGUCACUAAUGAGUAUGGGACCUGUUGUGCCCCGUCAGGACAUCGGCAUCCUUGUGGUAGGAUGCUAAGAGUAAUGAAACAUUUAAUUUAAAGUUACCAAAUUCUAAAUUGUUUAAUUUUCAGACCCUACAAAUCAACUGGACAGGGUUGACCAACCUCUUAGACACUCCAGGUCUAAGGUAAUGAUGUUGUUUUUUACAUACAAGUACAAAAUAUAUUUUGGGUGUAUUCUAGAAAAAGAGCUCUAAAAAUUCAGAUUUUUUUGGUCAGAAUGUAUCUGUUCCAAAGUCACUAUUUCAGACUGAAGUGACUUCUGCCCUAACCCUUCACCUCCACAGUCACCUGUCUGAGCCAGCCAUCAUGGACAUCAUCGCUUCCCUUAUGGUCCUGCCCAACCGCAUGUGUAUCCCCUUCAUAGACCAGGUCAAAGUGGACCAGAUGAGGUUCCCCAUGCCUCAAGUGAGUACAGUACACUGACACUCCACUGUGUCAGUGCCAAUGGCCCAGUACAGUAGGUGUUCUGAUCAGACAACACAGGAGGAUUGAUAGACACAAGUUGAGUGUAUGGCACAUCUCUGACACAGUUCCAAUGAUUGGAAGUGGUUCCAUUAAAUUGGGAGUUUCCAUGAAAUGUCAUAAAACAAGAUUUGACACCAAAUAUUGGUUUAAUGGAAUCUUCAAAUAUGGUUCCUGUGUUGCUGGCUAACUUGUGUUCAUAUUUUGGGGGUCUAAAAAUAUGCUAGUUCUGUUAAAUGUGUAUUUUAGUGGGUGUGUGCAGAAAGAUCUUGUUGUGUUUAGUACUAAAACUGUACAGUAUUUUUUGAUGUUUUAGGGGGUUGUGAGGGUACACUUGCUGGAGGCCCAGGAUCUGAUUGCGAAGGACACUUAUAUGAUGGGAUUGGUGAAGGGCAUGUCUGACCCCUAUGCGGUGCUUAGGGUCGGCAACAUCCACUUCCAAAGCAAGACCAUCAAGGAGAACCUGCACCCACGCUGGAACGAGGUUUACGAGGUAUGGACUCCUGAAAAUCCUCCUACUGUACAUGUAGAGUAACACUCACACACACUCACAAAUCGCGCAGUCAACCCACUCUCUCUCCCCUUUGUCUAUACAAACUCUGUUUUUAUUUAUUACCAUGGAAAAUAUGUUUGAAUAUGUGAUUUCUUACUGCUUUUAUCACCUUUUUGAUUUUUCAACUGCAGUUUGUGGUACACGAGGCCCCUGGGCAGGAGUUAGAGGUGGAUGUGUUUGACAAGGACACUGACAAGGAUGACAUCCUGGGAAAGUGA